AUGGAUCUCACUCGCAGUUUUUUCCGAGCUCGGCGUGCCGGGGCCCGGCCCGCGGUGGUGCUGGGCGCCAUGGAGAUGGGCCGGCGAGCCGGCUCCGAGGCGAGCGCCGAGCUGCUCCGCGCCUUCCUGCGCCGCCGGCACCGCCUCAUCGACACCGCCUUCAUGUACGCGGGCGGCGAGUCCGAGCGCAUCCUGGGCGCGCUGCUGGCCGGCGGCACCGAGCCCGUGGAAGUGGCCACCAAGGCCAACCCGUGGGAUGGGAAGACGCUGAAGCCGGAGAGCGUGCGCUCGCAGCUGGACACGUCCCUGGAGAGGCUGCAGCGGACGAGUGUGGAGCUCUUCUACCUCCACGCUCCUGACCAUGGCACCCCGGUGGAGGAAACCCUGCGUGCCUGCAACGAGCUGCACAAAGAGGGGAAGUUUAAAGAGCUUGGCCUGUCAAACUACGCCGCGUGGGAGGUGGCAGAAAUCUGUGCCAUCUGCAAGUACAACAACUGGGUGAUGCCAACUGUGUACCAGGGAAUGUACAACGCGACCACGCGCCAGGUGGAGGCCGAGCUGUUCCCCUGCCUCAGGCACUUUGGGCUGCGCUUCUACGCCUACAACCCGCUGGCAGGGGGGCUGCUGACUGGCAAGUACAAGUACGAGGACAAAGACACGCGCCAGCCCACUGGGAGAUUUUUUGGGAAUGACUGGGCUCAGGCCUACAGGGACAGGUACUGGAAAAAACACAAUUUUGACGGAAUUGCACUGGUAGAAAAAGCUCUGAAAGAGGCUUAUGGCUCCACUGCACCCAGCCUGGCAUCUGCUGCACUGCGCUGGCUCUACAACCACUCCAAACUGCAGGGUUCUCUGGGAGAUGCAGUGAUCAUUGGCAUGUCCAACUUGGAGCAGCUGGAGCAGAACCUCAACUACAGCGAGGAGGGUCCCCUGCUGCCGGCCGUGGUGCAGGCGUUCGACGAGGCCUGGAACCUGAGUGCACACGACUGCCCCAACUACUUCCGCUAGGGGAGGAAGGCUGGGAUACCCAGCACAGGCUCUGGAGCCUCGGGAGAGGUACUGCCCACCCCGCCCCCCCAUGCACGGCUGGAGGGCUGCAGGUUCUUCCUGAGUCAGUGAAGCUUUGCAGGAUCCACACCCGUGCCUUAGUGCUCCCUGCAAGCCCCUCAGCUCCCCCAGCACAGCCCGUGAUUCAGGAUGCAGCUGAUCAGGAAAAUGAACACCUUAAUGAGGUGAAGGCCCCUGUUCUGCUUUAAUGUGAAAUCUUAAAUAAUUACAUACAAUAAAACCUCUUUCUAGUGCAGA